AUGCCUAUUCCGGACAAGACGUUUACACGGGACGAGGUCGCCGCGUCGGCCAAGAAGCUGACGGCCGAGGGCGGCGACGAUGCCCCUGUGCUCUUCAUCAUCGACGCCGUCGUCUACGAUGUGGCCGACUUCCUCGACGCGCACCCCGGCGGCGAGUUCGUGCUGCGCCAGGUCGCCGGCAAGGACGCCACGUCGGACUUUUACAACCUGCACCGCCAGGAGGCGCUCGAGAAGUACAUUGACGACCUGGCCGUCGGCACGAUCAAGGGCGAGACGCCCAGCAUCGUGCGGCCCAAGCCGGGCGACCUGUCGCUUGUGCCCUAUGCCGAGCCGCUGUGGCUGUCGCCCGUGUUCAAGACGCCGUACUUUAACGACUCGCACCGCCGGCUGCAGCGCGCGCUGCGCCAGUUUGUCGACACGCACGUCAAGCCCGAGGCCAUUGAGAAGGAGCGCACGGGCGAGCACCUGGGCCAGCCGCUGAUUGACAAGAUGGCGGCCGCGGGCAUCCUGCACAUGCGCCUGGGGCCGGGCAAGCACCUGCACGGCGUGCGGCUGCUCAAGAGCGAGGCGAACCCCGACGGCGUCAUGGACGGAAGCGAGUUUGACUACUUCCACGACAUGAUUGCGGCCCAGGAGUUUGUGCGGCCGGCGUCGCGCGGGUUCCAAGACGGCAACAUGGCCGGGCUGACGAUUGGCCUGACGGUGGUGCUGCACUACUCCAACGACGCGGCGCUGCAGAAGCGGGUCAUGGAGGAGUGCCUGACGGGCCGCAAGAAGAUUUGCCUGGCGAUUACGGAGGCGUUUGCGGGCUCGGACGUGGCGCGGCUGCGCACGACGGCGGUCAAGACGGCCGACGGCAAGCACUACAUUGUCAACGGCACCAAGAAGUGGAUCACCAACGGCGUGUUCUGCGACUACUUUGUCGUGGGCUGCCAGACGGACAAGGGCAUGAGCGUGCUGCUGGUGGAGCGCGGCGAGGGCGUCGAGACCAAGGCCAUCAAGACGAGCUACUCGGCCGCAGCCGGCACCACCUACAUCACCUUUGACAAUGUCAAGGUGCCCGCCGGCAACCUCAUGGGCCAAGAGAACAAGGGCAUCUACGUCAUCCUGGCCAACUUCAACCACGAGCGCUGGGGCAUGGCCUGCGCCGUCAACCGCUACAGCCGCCUCGUCGUCGAGGAGUGCCUCAAGUGGUCGCACCAGCGCCUCGUCUUCGGCAAGCGUCUCAUUGACCAGCCCGUCAUUCGUCUAAAGCUCGCCAAAAUGAUUGCCCUCGUCGAGAGCCACCAGUCGUGGCUCGAGACCAUCACCUACCAGAUGUGCAAGCUGCCCUUUGACCAGCAGGCCAAGCACAUGGGCGGCCCCAUCGGCCUGCUCAAGAUGAGCAGCACCCGCAUGGCCCACGAGAUCGCCGACGAGGCGGUCCAGAUCUGGGGCGGCCGCGGUCUCACCCAGACCGGCAUGGGCCGCGUCAUUGAGAACUUCAACCGCACCUACAAGUUCGACGCCAUCCUGGGCGGCGCCGAGGAGGUCCUGGGCGACCUGGGUGUGCGGCAAGCCAUGAAGUUCAUGCCCAAGGCCGUGCUAUAA